AUGGCGUCGGCGGCGGAAUCGUCGGCGGUCGGCGGCAUGCGGAAGGCGCCGUCGCUGGAAUGGCGGUGGGUGUCCACGGAGGAGGAGGACGACGAGGACCGCGCCGGGGCCGGGGCCGGGACCCCCGCGGCCGUCGGGGCGGUGGGCAGGGGCGGGAGCUUCGAGUCGGAGGACGACGAGGAUGACGACGAGGAGGAGGAGGAGAAGGAGAAGGGGAGGAAGAGGCUGAUCCGGACCGUGCCGUCCGUGGACUGGUUCGACGUCGAGGGGAACGAGGUCUCCGUCGCGCAGCAGCUCGACGACUCCGAGGAGUUCGAUUUUGGCAGGACAAUGUUUCUUGCUCUUCAGACUCUUGCUGUGGUGUUUGGAGAUAUUGGAAUUGGUCCAUUGUAUACAUUUGAUGUUAUGUUUAACAAGUACCCUAUUGUUGGAGAGGAGGAUGUUCUUGGAGCACUCUCACUAGUUCUGUAUACUCUUAUAUUGAUGCCAUUAGUGAAGUAUGUUUUGGUUGUCCUGUGGGCCAAUGAUGACGGUGAAGGUGGUAUAUUUGCUUUGUAUUCUUUGAUUUGUAGAAAUGCAAAAGUGAGUCUCAUUCCAAACCAAGUACAGUCUGAGAAGAGGAUGUCAAGUUUUCGACUCAAGCUUCCAACACCAGAGCUUGAGAGAUCCAUAAAAGUAAAAGAGAAACUUGAAUCGUCACUACUGUUGAAGAAGUUGCUUCUAGGCUUAGUCUUGUUUGGGACUUCCAUGUUCAUAUCCAAUGGAGUUAUCACACCAGCAAUGUCAGUGUUAUCUGCUGUUAGUGGCUUGAAAGUUGGGCUACCAAAUACCUCACAAGAUGCUGUUGUGAUGAUUUCAGUUGCACUUCUUAUAGUAUUGUUUAGUGUACAGAGGUAUGCCACUAGCAAAGUGGGGUUUGCAAUUGGCCCUUCUUUACUUUUAUGGUUUUGUUGCCUUGGAGGGAUUGGAAUAUACAAUCUGAGUCUAUAUGGCCCAACAGCUUUUAAGGCAUUUAAUCCUCUCUACAUUAUUUAUUAUUUUGGGAGGAAUCCUUUUCAGGCUUGGCUGUCCCUCGGUGGUUGUCUUUUAUGUGCAACAGGAUCUGAGGCCAUCUUUUCGAAUCUUUGUUACUUUCCUGUAAGAUAUGUUCAGUAUAUGUUUGUGCUUCUUGUUCUUCCUUGCCUUGUCUUGGCGUAUCUAGGACAAGCUGCCUUUCUCAUUGCCAACCAAAAGUCAUCUGAGCAGGUCUUCUUUUCAUCUAUUCCAAGUGGAGUUUUCUGGCCUGUUUUCUUAGUGGCGAAUCUGGCUGCACUAAUUGCCAGUAGGACAAUGACGGUUGCUAUAUUCCAGUGCCUAAAGCAGUCUAUAGCACUUGGUUGUUUUCCCCGGCUCAAAAUUGUUCAUACAUCUCGGAAAUUUAUGGCUAAGAUAUACAUUCCCGUUGUAAACUGGUUUCUAAUGGUUUCCUGCUUGGGCUUUAUCAUUCUGUUCAGAAACAUAUAUGACGUUGGCAAUGCAUAUGCUAUCGCUGAGCUUGGGGUGAUGAUAAUGGCCACGGUUUAUGUUACAAUAAUAAUGCUUCUAAUAUGGGAGUUCAAUAUUACGAAGGUUCUGUCAUUUGUUAUCACAUUCCUAUUCUUGGAGCUGAUUUUCUUCUCAUCAGCUCUGAGUAGUGUCGGAGAUGGGGGCUGGGCGUUGUUGAUUUUUGCAUCUGUUCUACUCAUGAUUAUGUUUAUAUGGAACUACGGGAGCAAACUAAAGUAUGACAGUGAAGUCAAGCAGAAGCUUUCAAAGGAUUUGAUGAGGAAGUUGGGGCCCAACCUUGGUACCAUCAGAGCUCCUGGACUAGGCUUAGUCUACAGUGAUAUUGUGAAAGGAGUUCCUGCAAUUUUUGGUCAUUUUCUGACCUCACUCCCUGCGAUACACUCGAUAAUUGUAUUUGUGUGUAUCAGGAAUGUGCCAGUUCCUGUGGUUCCCCAAAGUGAAAGGUUUCUUUUCCAACGUGUAUGCUCAAGGGGCUAUCACAUGUUCCGCUGUAUAGCGAGAUACGGGUACAAAGACAAGAAGCAGGAGCACCAUAGCGUAUUUGAGCGUCUUCUGAUUGAAGGCCUCGAGAAAUUCAUACAACGAGAGGCAGUAGAGCUAUCCCUACAAAGCGAAGACGACGUCGACUCGGACGAAGAGCCUCCAACCCCUGUGAAGAUCAUCCAAGCACCAAACGGCAGCCUCUACUCGCUCGACGUCCCUCUCCUGGCGGACUAUGCGCCUUCAACAGAGCUCAUUCCUGAAGCCAGCUGCUCCACGCCUCAGCACGAUCCUGUAGUGGAUUAUGCCCAGAACCUUGAACUGGAGCUGGCGUUCAUCAAGCAGUCCAAGCGGUCUGGGGCCGUCUACCUCAUCGACAACCCCAUCAUCAAGGCUAGGAAGGACUCGUGGUUCUUCAAGAAGCUGAUGAUAAACUAUUUCUUCGCGUUCCUGAGGAACAACUGCCGCCGGGCGAUCAUGUUGAUGAGCAUCCCGCACUCGAACAUGAUGCAGGUGCGCAUGACUUCUUAUGUCUGA